CGAAUUCAUGCCAAGGCGGUGAGUCUGCAACGUGGAACAACAAUGGGCUAAACGUGUCUGCACUCCAAAGGGCAGCAAAGGGAUUUCAUACGGAACAACCCGAGUAAGAUCAGUUCAUCUCGUGUCAGUGAUCUCACUUAUGAGUAUCUCAUCCUCAACUCCCUAGCUAUUUUCCUCGCUCUCAUCCCUGCGGCAGCAGAUACUAGUCCAUCAUGGAAGAAUUCUCCAACGAUGACGUUGAUUUCCUCAAUUUCGCGUCCACAUUCGCCUCACAAUCUGAUCAAUACCAGAUCAACGACCAGUCCUUCGAUCCUGUGUUGAACAUGGAGCCUUUUGGUUCAUCGCCGACCGACAAUAACAUCUCCUUCUCCGAGUCCAACCCAUCUCCGACUUCGACCCAGACCACCAUGACACCCACAUUCAUUGGAGCCAGUCCCGACCAGGUGGUCAACGUUGACUUUACCAGGGCAUGUCUACAACGAAUCAACCUCCUCGCUGACGUAAUGGGAGCACACUAUCUGACACUCAAUGAAUCCGAGGCUCGAAUCAAGCGAGGCUUGAGAGAGCUGUGGCAGGAACAUUCCGAUAUUCGCAAACGUGGCUUGCUGGGUGGAACGGCUCGUGCACAGGCUCGGCAGAAGACAUACGUCCCCCUCAGCAAGAUCCCCAAGCAUGACCGAGUUCGACGCUUGGCCGUGGAACAGAAGGAUUAUGCUGGACGGAAUCGAUUGGCAGGAAUCGCCAAAGCACGGGAGAUCUUUGAGGCGGCGAUGUGGCAUCUGCAAGAGCAACAACGCAAAUGCGAGGAGAUAUUUGGCUUUGAGCACAAAUACAGCCAGGGCGAGGCACCGUGGAAAGAGGCGCAGGUGGUCUAGGAAACUCAAACGUCACUUGAAGACGAUGUGGAGAUUUUUGAUGCGAUUCAAGACAUGGUCGAUGCAUUCGGUGUCUGGUUCGACUUCAACGCUUGAAGGAAUUGGGCUGGAAAUCCAUCCCUCUCAUGGCUUGUGUAUGUCUUACAGCCUUGGUGGUAAUUUCAGUGUUCUUGAUUACGAUCGACCCUUACUGGAGAGAGGGAGAACCACAACAGGAUAGUGAGAGACCACAGUAUCCGUG